AUGCAUUUGAGUGUACUUUCCCUCCUGGCUUCUGCGCUUGUUGCAAAUGCUCAGUCUACUUGUAAUCCUAUGAAAGCUACCGGAUGUGCAGCCGAUAAAGCAUUGGGAACUAGUUUUGCAGAAGAUUUUAGUUCUGAAAGUUCAUGGUUUGAUAAGGAUAAUGAUACUGGUGAAAUUAAAUAUGGUGAUGAUGGGCUUGAGUUGACCUUACAAAAGAGAUAUGAUAAUCCUGGUUUGAUGUCCAAAUUUUAUAUCAUGUAUGGUAAAGUUGAAGCUGUUCUAAAAGCUGGUCCAGGAACAGGUAUUGUUUCGUCAUUCUUUUUGCAAAGUGAUGAUCUUGAUGAAAUCGAUUUAGAGUGGUUAGGUGGUGACGAUACACAAUUUCAAUCAAACUAUUUCUCCAAAGGUAAUGUUGCUACGUAUGAUCGUGGUGAAUACCAUGGUGUGAAUCAACCACAGACUGAAUUUCACAAUUACACUAUCGAUUGGGCUAUGGACAAGUGUGUUUGGUAUUUGGAUGGUCAAGUUGUUAGAACUUUGGCCAACACUACGUCCCAGGGUUAUCCACAAUCUCCCAUGUUUUUGAAGAUGGGUAUUUGGGCCGGUGGUGACUCCAGCAAUGAACCUGGUACGAUUGAGUGGGCUGGUGGUGCUACUGACUAUUCGCAAGCUCCUUUCUCGAUGUAUGUGAAGAAAGUCGUUGUUACGGAUUACUCCAGUGGUUCCGAGUACAGCUAUGGUGAUCAGUCAGGAUCUUGGGAAUCUAUUGAGGCUAAAGACGGUUCUGUCUACGGUAGGUACGACCAAGCGCAAGAAGAAUUUGCUGCCUUAGUCAAUGGUGAUGAGAUCAGCUCCGGCACAAGUUCGAGCGCUUCGAGUUCUAGCACAAGCUCAAGCUCAAGCGCAAGCUCUACAAGCUCAAGCGCAAGCUCUACAAGCUCAAGCACAGUUUCCAGCUCUACUGAGUCGUCCAGCUCUGUGACAAGUUCCGCUGAAUCUUCCAGCACUAGUUCAAGUGUCUCUACGACAUCAGAAUCUUCGAGUGCUAGCUCAACCACCGCAUCCAGUGAAAGCUCGAGUGCUUCCAUUACAGAGUCCAGCAUAGCCCCAAGCACUAGCUCUACCUCCGAGCCUUCCACUACAACCUCUGCUUCUGAAUCCUCUAGUACAAGCGAACCAAGUUCAUCUACAAUCGAGCCUACUUCAACAAACGAAGAUGCAUCGCCUACAACUGCCACAACCUCAAGCAGUAGUUCGACGAAUGAAUACGCAUCUACUACAAGUGCUCCAAUCUCAAGCACCACUUCCGCCGACUCGACUCUGACGACUCAAACCACUGCAUCGUCUACUCAAUCGGUCUCUUUGAUUAACAAUGCCAUCAACAUGCGUUAUUCAAAAGGAUUAAUGGGUCUGCUCGCAAGUUUCGCAUUGGCUCUAACAUGUUAG